GAGGCGGGAAGGACGGAGGGCGCUGAGGGGCCGCGGUGGGGCCGUGAGGGGCGCUGGGGAAGCGGCUGCCGGCGCCUCCGCUUCGCCGAACACACAAAGGAAGCGAACCCCCAGUUUUAAACCUGAAGUAAACAGGAGAAAAACUGGCAAUGGCUUCUGAUGGGGCAGAAUAUACCAUUGGAGGGGUGAAGAUCCUCUUCCCCUGCAAGGCUUACCCCUCCCAGCUUGCUAUGAUGAAUGCUAUUGUUAAAGGCUUGAAUAACAGGCAGCACUGUUUGCUGGAGAGCCCCACAGGAAGUGGCAAAAGCUUGGCAUUACUUUGUUCUGCAUUAUCAUGGCAGCAGGCUUUGUAUGAAAAAUCCGUGCCAACCUCAUCGAGUGACAAGGAGGACAGGAAGGCAGAGCCAUCCCCACCGUGUCACUGCAAGUGUCACUCCCAGCCCAAGAGCAACGAGGCUGCAACGAGUGUGACUCACAGUGCUCCUUCUUCUGCCAAUUAUCCUGACACAGGAACUUCCAGAAAGCCUGGAAGCUCACUGACAAACACAGAAUGCAAGGAAAAUGAAACACUGGCUUCAAAACUGUCUGCCAAAAAAAAGUUAUCCCUUCAUGACAGUGAGAACGAUGAUUUUCAAGUAGACAGGAAAAGGAUUCGUCCUUUAGAAACAGAGCAGCAGCAGGUUAGAAAACGUCACUGCUUUGCAAAAGGAGUCCAGUUUGUUGACGCUUUAGAAGUUUAUCAUCAGAGAAAAAAUGGAGAGCUGACUGUUCACUCUGAAAAAAGCAUGAAAACCACUACUUUUUCUCCCCAAACACCUCCUGGCCCUUGCACUGAGUGUUCCUGUUCUUCUGGAAAAGAACCUGAUAAAGAUCCCAGUCACACAAAGAAGAAAGAAAAUGGAGAUCGGUUGUGUGUUCCCAAGAUUUUUUUUGGGACACGAACACACAAGCAAAUUACCCAGAUCAGCAGGGAGCUGAAGAGGACAGCGUAUUCCUGUGCCCCCAUGACAAUCCUUUCCAGCAGGGAUUAUACCUGUAUUCAUCCAGUGGUGUCCAACAGUAGUAACAGGAAUGAAAUGUGUGUAGAAUUGCUGGAAGGAAAACAUGGCAGGUCCUGCUCUUAUUACCACGGUGUUCACAAGCUCAGUGAGCACCAUGCCCUGCAGCCUGCCAGUGUGUACCAGGCUUGGGACAUUGAAGACCUGGUGAGCCUGGGCAGGAAGCUUCGUGCCUGUCCCUAUUUUGCAGCCAGAGAGCUCAUGGUGGGGGCAGACAUCGUGUUCUGUCCUUACAAUUAUCUCCUGGACCCACAGAUCCGGGACAGUAUGGACAUUAAGCUAAAAGACCAAGUAGUCAUUUUGGAUGAAGCCCACAACAUUGAGGACUGUGCUCGGGAGUCCGUGAGCUACGGGGUUACCGAGAGCCAGCUCCGGGCUGCCCGAGAGGAGCUCGAUUUCAUGGUCAACAACAACAUCAGGCAGAAGCAUCAUGAGCCCCUCCGAGCUGUGUGCUGCUCCUUGAUAAACUGGUUGCAGGAAAGCUCUGGGCAGCUGGUGGAGAGAGCCUAUGAAACUGCCUGUAAAGUGUGGAGUGGCAAAGAAAUGCUCAACUUUUUGCACCAAAUGGGAAUAACUGGGAUUACUUUUCCCAUUUUACAGAAACAUCUUGUUGCUGUCCUGGAAAAAGAAGAAAAAGUGUCAAUGCAUGGGAGAGAGGAACUUAUUGGGGUGCCAGUAGUGAGCCCUGCAACACAGAUUGUGCUCAAAGGCCUGUUCAUGGUCUUUUCCUGUCUCUUUAAAGAGAACAGCAGGUUUGCAGAUGAUUACAAGGUUGCUCUACAGCAAACUUACACCUGGUUGACUGAAAACCAACGUGAUGAUGCAGAUUCAGGUUCCUUCUUCACAAGGCCCAAGCACAAAAAGAGUUCAAGGCAGAAAACCCUUGUCCACAUGCUAAAUUUUUGGUGCUUGAACCCUGCUGUGGCUUUUUCUGAGUUAAAUGAAGUUAGAACAAUUGUUCUGACAUCAGGCACACUGUCUCCCAUGGAUUCCUUUUCCUCAGAGCUUGGUGUGAAGUUUUCCAUUCAGCUGGAGGCAAAUCACGUUAUCCGGAAUUCCCAGGUUUGGGUCGGCACAGUCGGAGUGGGCCCCAACGGGCGGAAGUUGUGCGCGACGUUCCAGCACACGGAGACCUUUGAGUUCCAGGAUGAGGUGGGAGCACUGCUGCUUUCAGUCUGUCAGACAAUUGGCCAAGGAAUUUUGUGCUUUUUACCAUCCUAUAAGAUGCUGGACAAGUUAAAGGAUCGUUGGAUGCACACUGGCUUGUGGAGAAAGUUGGAGGAUGUUAAAACAGUCAUUGCAGAGCCCCAGGGAGGGGCCAAGAGUGACUUUGAUGAGUUGCUGAAAAUCUACUAUGAUGCAAUCAAAUGUAAAGGAGAGAAAGAUGGAGCUCUCCUGGUAGCUGUGUGCAGAGGGAAGGUCAGUGAGGGGCUGGAUUUCUGUGAUGAGAACGCCAGGGCAGUCGUGACCAUCGGAAUCCCCUUUCCAAAUGUGAAGGACCUUCAGGUUGAAUUAAAGAGGAAAUACAAUGACCAGCACAAAAGUACAAGAGGCCUUUUAUCAGGGAGUCAGUGGUAUGAAAUUCAAGCUUACAGAGCUCUCAACCAAGCCCUGGGAAGGUGUAUAAGGCACAGGAAUGACUGGGGGGCUCUAAUUUUAGUUGACGACCGCUUCAGGAAUAACCCAAAUAAAUACAUAACUGGAUUGUCCAAGUGGAUCCGGCAGCGGAUCCAGCACCACGGCAGUUUCGGCAGCGCUCUGGAAUCCCUGCACGCCUUCGCCCUCAGGAACCAGAGGGGUGGGGAUCCCUCCUCAGAGCACAGCACUGAAUUCCCUGCACAUUCCAGGGACCUCUCACAAGGCUCUCAACAAGAGGCCACCGUUCCUCUGUCCCCAGAUGUUCCUGCUACAAGUCAGGAGGAAAAUUUGGGCUCAGUUCAUUUUACUGCAGCCAUCAGCUCAGUUCAUCCCACAGCAUGGGAUCAGCCAAGUGACAGCAUGGCAGCAGUGAAACAAAGUGACCAGGAAGUUGAUGUAGAGAGCCAUUCUCACCAUGAAAAACAGAGAAGGAAACAUAUGGACAGCACCCCCAAAAUUCCAGCAAUUAAAAUAGAGACAGAAAAAAUGAAUGGUUGGACCAAUGCUGAUACUGUGGGAGAGAAUUGCUGCUCUGAACCACUGACUUCAACUCCUGUAGCCAAGAACUGCAGGGCCACAGCAAGCAGCAGACAGGAGCAUGUGAAAGGGCCUAGUGACAUUAUUGAUCAUUUAAAUCAAUGCCAAUCAUCAUCAAUUGCAGAACAUCAACCAAGUGGACCAGAAUCAUGUUUGGACACAACUCAUUUUUCAGUUAAAAAUGCUGAGGCUCCAGGUGCUGAAGGACAUCCUGGUAAACUCCAGUUUCCAGCUGAGCCCUGCAGGGAGCUCCCUUCAGCAGCAGGGAGAGCUGAGCCUUCAGCAUUAAAUGUGGAUGAGGAUGAGGAUGAAAGCAUUUACUUCACCCCAGAGCUCUAUGAUGAUGCAGAUCCAGAGAAACAGGGAACUGAAGCCCCACUUCCAGCCUGUUGUACCACUGGGAAUUGGGUGGAAUGUGGGAACUCCACAGACCCUGCUGAUCUUUUUGGCACCAACACCUCAGAAACACAGAAUGUGACUGAGAAAGCUGAGGCUGGCAGAAGUCCCCAUGGAAUUAUGGAAAAUGUGAGGAGCAGGGACAGUGCAGUUGAGGCUGUAGAGGUGGCAGCUGCAGCAGGAGCAGAGCAGGGAGUAUCUCAGGAGAUGGACACCCCUAAAAGGAAAAUCAGCCUUUCCAGAUCCCGAAAUAAAGGUGUGUUAUCCUUUCCACUGGGCAGUAGUGGCACCUGCUGACAGUUUCUGUGGGAAUUUUGGUGAGCAGCCCUCCAAACACCACAGGGCAGCUACACUUUCCUUGUCCUCAUGGAAUAAAAGCUUCCCUCAGGCUCAUUUUAUUCCCUCAGUUUAUUAUUAUUCCCUCAACAUUAUUAUUAUUCCCUCAGAUUCUCAUUAUAUUUUUGGGGUUUUCACUGGGAGAGUUUUGCAAUGUGCAGUUUUCUAGAGAUAGGAUGAAGAUUCUUCAUCCUGAGUUCAUGGCUAAAGGACAUCAUGCAUGGAAAUUCUAAAUAGAAACACAAGUAGGAUCUGACUCGGAAUUAUUGGUUUCUCCAUUACAGAUUUAAUUAAUGCACCAUUAAAUACAGUCAAAUAAUUGGGUUUUUCCUCAGAAAGCACAAUACCCAUAGAACCAUAUAAUGAUUUUCUGCAUUUGUUAGAUUGUGGGUCUUUUUUGGAAAACAUAUUAAAAGAGUAUCUUUGCAGAUCAAGUCAUAGAUAGAUUGAGCCUAAAUACCAAAACAGGUACAUUCUCCAGUACUUUGAUUCCUUCCAAUUUCUGACAUCAAAAUGUCCAGCAGGAGCUUUGCACAUUAUGAUAUUUGAUGAAGAUGAGAAGUUUCUUCAUAAAAAAAUUGAAGUUUCUUUAAAUCUUCCUUUUGUGGGAGGAUCUCAUUUCUUUUGGUUGGGUUCUGUGUUUAUUCAUGUCAAAACCUGUUCUCAUUUGUAUCUCCUACGAGCACUUUUUACAUGUAACAUAUGAAAUGUGAAUUGUCUACAAAGGUCUUUGAAUCUUGCCCAGUCUAUUUUUUUUAAAGUAUUUUAAUGUUUCUUUCAUUUACUACAUUGAAAAUAGCCAGGAUUUUUCUGUAAUAAAACAUAUUGACUUUUCAAGAAAA